AUGCCUACCGCAACAGAAUUCUUUGGCAUUACUGCCCAUAAUCUCGGUCCUCUAACAACUACUUACACUGCUCCAACAUCUUGCGCAACCAGUGUGAAAAAUCCUGUCUUCGUCAACGCAACUACACCCCACCAUUUCCUGGCCUCGGCCGGUUGUAAUUGGGCUUCCUAUGGCGAUUGCAUUCCCAGUGGUAAAGAGUGGGAAUCAGGAGAGCAGCAGACAUCUACUUUCUUCCAAUACACUUCAGUAUAUUUUUCGCCGGGUAUUUAUUGUCCUGCAGGAUGGAAGACUGCCGGUCUAUUGGCGCAUGCUAAGGAUGGAAAGUUCAGCGCCUCUGGUGCACUGACGACACCAGUAUCGACAUUUGAUGGAUACCCACAAGGAAACGUUUACCACACUGACUUUUGGAAAAACUUGCUGGAUGAAUCUGAGACUCUUGCAUCCUGCUGCCCAAGCGGUUAUGAGGCUAAUGAGCACGGUGGAUGCGUUUCGAUACUUGGCCCUGUUACCUCUUACACAUACUCAGAGUAUUGUAUGAUAAAAGGUGGUAGAGCCAAGUUGACAUUCAUCUCAUCCGUAGACGGCUUGACAUAUCAAGAUGGUGUAGUAUCGCUGAUGGAGCCUACUGAGCCUCUUGAGGGAACCACGGUCACAGUGGGGUUGGGAGAGGCUGUAGGAGAGACAGGAAAUGAUUUCAGUGAUAUAGCUGUCGCGACUUGGGUUCCGGUAGUACCUUUGGUCUAUAAGAAGUCAGAUAUGGAUGAGGCCAAGGGAGAAAGUGACGAGAGCGGAUCCGGGACUGGAAUAGCUACUGCCGAAGGGGGAGGUGAAAACGCCGCUUCUACUAUUCCAAGACAGGGGUUGGUCGUUGUGCUUGGAUUACUGUCGGGGAUUCUGGCGGGGACAAGCAUAUUCUUUUCUUGA